AGGACGCAUAAAUAUAUUGAGCAACCAUUGCGGUCAAAGCUGCUGCAGUUUUUAAAACUGAGUAAUGGGAAGGAAACACGUAGACAGCUAUGAAGAAGAAGUAUUCUGGGAACUUCUCUUUUUGUUCACAAGAUAGAAGAUUUCCUGGUUAUAGUUGUUCAGCAGGUCGAGAUGUGAGGAUGGGAAACACUUGGCUUUACGCGCUAUUCUUGUUCAGCUCAGUCAUCAGUGGAUACGUCAAUGUUCUCAAUCGAGCCACUGUGACCCUGAACCCAAACUGGCCUCUGAUAUACAAAGGUGAGAAAGUUAUUCUCCAGUGUGAGAUCCCAGGAGGAGAAGGAAGAAAGUGGACGUAUGAAUGGAGACCAACCAGGUUAAAUGACCCUCAAAGAUCCCAGGAAUACAUUAACAUAUUUUCAGCUAAAGAGUCUGAUAGUGGAGAAUACAGCUGCAGAGGAACAAGUGGAGAUGAAUCAACAGACUGGAGCGAUGUUGUCGUAUUAACUGUGUAUGAACUCUCUGUGUCUCCAUCAUGGCUGAGUCCUGGAGCCUCAGUGACUCUGAGCUGUCAGGUUGAACCUUCACCUUCAGGAACCAGGUUCUUCUGGUAUAAAGCUGUUCCUGAUCCAACAAGGAGAUUCUACAGCUAUGAGCUGCUGCCUGGCAGCUCUGAUGGGACUGAUGAGAAUUUCUACAUUGUUCAUGGACUCAAUAAUACAGCAGGUUAUGUGUGUGAAGCAGGACGUGGAAAACCAAACUACAGAGAUCCAAGUUUUGUCUUUUCAGCAGAUCCUGGUCCAGCAGCUUCUCUCUCAGUGAAUCCUGACAGAGUUCAACACUUCAGAUCUGACUCUGUGUCUCUGAGCUGUGAGGGAAACUCUGCUGAGUGGAGAGUGAGGAGGUUUACAGAAAGAAAGUCACUAUCAGAUUGCUCCAUCUGGGGGAAAAUGAAUGGAUCUACAUGUAUCAACAGCUACCUGUUGGAUAGUGGAGUUUUCUGGUGUGAGUCUGGAUCAGGAGAGUUCAGCAAUGCAGUGAACAUCACUGCACCUGGUGAUUAUGACGCUCCUCUUCUGGUGAGCCCUGUUCAUCCUGUGACUGAGGGAAAUCCUGUUACUUUGAGCUGUAGAGAUACAAAUCAAAAUCGUCUCUCCAAAGUGUUUUUCUAUCACAAUAAUAAACUCCUCCACAAUGAUAGCAGAGAGGAGCUGAAUAUCUCUGCAGUGUCAAAGUCAGAUGAAGGUUUCUACAAAUGUCAACAUUCAGGAAAAGAGUCACCAAGGAGCUGGAUGUCUGUUAGAGUAACUGCACCCCAUCCUGUCAGCUCUUCAUUUCCUGUGCUGUUGAUCGUUGGACCAGUUGUUGGAUUUGUUCUCAUUAUUCUGCUGCUGUUGUUGUGCUGCUGCAGACGGUUCAAAGGUUUAUGGUGCAUCAGAUCGAAGCAGUCAGAGGGCAGAGGUCAAACCUCAAACACCAGCGAUGCUGCAGAUCAUGAGCACAGGCCUCCUCCUCAUGAUAACGCCAAUCCCUAUGCGUCGGUCAAGACCUCUGAAGCGACAGGAAAUGCUGCGGAUGAGUCCACAGAGGUCACGUACUCUCGCAUUGAGCUGAAAGACAUUGACAGGACGAGGAGGCCUCGCGAAGCAGAGGAGGGCGCCGUUUACUCCGAGGUGAAGUUGCAGCAGUAGAAUGAGGAUAAACGGAAAGACCAGAGGAGUCCUGCAGCAGCAGAUUCAGUGGUUUUAUUCUGAAGUCAGAUCAAAAUACCAACACUGCCACGUAAGACGCAUGAUCUGACGUCCUCUUCUAAAAGUUAUGACGAGUUAAAACUCAUCACAUCCUUCAAAAUCCCACUUUUCCCACAUGUUCCUGUUAGGAAUCCGUUAGGGAAGCUGCUUUAUGAGAUUACUGCAAGAGCUAAAAUGCUUUUUCUUAAAUUCAUUAAGAUUUAUUUGUAUUUGCUGAUGUACAAUUUGACGUAGUUUUUCUUGUAUUCUGUUGCAAAAGGUAGCAAAGACAGAAAAUGCGAAACAUGUACAUUUUUUGUUGAGUUUUUGUUUCACAAUGUUUUCAAAUGCAUUAGUUGUCACUAUAAGCUCUGUUUCUUUUUCAAAUUUUGAUAAAGUUGGUGUUUUCAUAUUUUCAUAGUUUGUCUUUUUAUGCUGCUGUGGUCUGUGCAGCGUUUUCAUUUGCUACUGUAUUACACUGGUAGUGUAGCAGUUAUCUAAUCGUAUAGUCAGCUUUGCGUUUAAAAUGUGAUAACUUUAUUGUUUUUCUAAUGCACGAGUCUUAAAUCAAACGGAUUGUGAAGUAAGCUCUGUCAACAUCCAUAUAAUUAAGUUUGAACACGUGAAGUAAGUGAUUUGUUGGAUUUUUCUGAAGGGUUUUAUGUUGUCAGUAGUGAUGGGGAAAUGAGGCGUCAUGAAGCGUUUCGACCCAAAGCAAAAUUGUAUUGAUACUGUGUGACUCAAUACUGACACCUGCUGGACAUUAAAAACCCCUACAGGCAACAUAGUUGACAGGCUGAUUUGAUGAUCUAGUCUAAUACAAUAAGAUUUAAGACAUUGUAUUUUAUUGAAUUGUUUUCAUUAAAAAAAAAUGUUUUUCCAAGA